UGACACAUUCGCGUGUGUUGCCUACCAUGCAGGCGCACUGCAUCGUGUAUGUGUGUGUGUGUGUGUGUGAUUGGUAUUGGUGACGGUGACAGAGCCCCGUACCCGAGUUCGAGUUCGAGCUACAGCACAGAGUAGUUUUUCCGAUGUAACCCAGAAUCCCCUGGCGAAGUGGCAAGCGAAAUUACAAUUUUACUGGUGAAAAUCGGGAUUGAUUGAUCUGAAUUCCGUCUGGAAGUAAACUGGAAUGCUGCGUGCAUAACUCGAAGGUGUUUGCUAGGCAAUUCGUCGGGUAUUAUUUGAUGGUGCCGUGUAAGUGGGCCACAGAAUUCAGUGAAAAUCCAGGCAGUGUGUGUUCGAGGAGCCAGUGGACGCAACGGGCUGUGGGAAUCCCCCUUCAGGGGUUCUAGGUGGCAAAGUUGUGGCCGGUCCGGUGGCGGCGGUGAAGGUGUUGUACUGCAAGCCAGACGGGGGCUGCAGCCGAAGCAUAACCGAACCGAAAAUUCACCGAACAUCGUGGUGUGGCUCUUCGUCGCAUAAAUAAUUUUCCCUGGCGCUGUCUUUGCUGCUGGUGGUGUAAUUUGUUGGUGCUAGUAGUACUGGAAUUGCUCCAGGAUCUUCUGUGUCUUCUGUUAUCAGUUUCUGUUUGCCGAGUAAUUAGCGGGCGGAACUGACUGUGGUCUAACUCGGAACCGAAAAGAAGAACAAAAAAAAAACGGGAAAACUAAUCGCGAAGCGGCAGUUUGUUCGAUAAAUUGUAACAAUUCGGUGACAGUCGAAUGCUGAUUUUGGCGAGAUUAGAAGGCGAACGUUGGAUACCAGUGGAUUACCUAGGAGUGGAUGGAGAGAAAAUUGUUCGUUUCGAGAUAACCGACCGAUUUGUAUGUUAACUACUUUUGCAAUUGGAAUUCCGAUAUCCGGUGUGAAAGGAGCAGCCAGCCAACAAAAGUAACGCAUGUUGUCAUUCGUGCGCGUAUUUAUGUUUGUGUGUCCGUUUAUCAGUUUUGUCGGAUGUAGUGGUGAAGUUUCACGCCGGUUCGUGGAUGACGACGGGCUGAAGUGUUUGGUGGUGGUGGUGGUGAAUGUGGUUUGACACCUGGAAUUUCAGGAAUUAUCGAGUGAAGAACUGAUUUCCUUCGUGAUAUUAUAACUUUAUGAUUACUCACACGACUAGCAUAAAAAAUUAAGCUUGAGCUUGAGUUAAAUGACGAAAGUUUUUUCCAACGUCGUUUCCAGCGAAGCCAAUUUAAUUGCCCCAAUUAACUGAUAGCGAGUGAAAAUGUCAAACAGAAAGCAGUAGUUAAUUCGUUGCAAUGUAAAUAAAGGCAAGUGUCGACUGACGUCAAGGUGUUUGUAUGCUCACCUGCCAAACCUGAUUCAAUUCAAGUGCUAGUGUAAAGUACUAAAAAUUCAAGAAUGAACACACAAGAAAAAUAGCAAAUCGUCUCGUCGUUGUGAUACCAUUUUCAGCAGCACAUGAAUGUGUAAGGAUCAUCGAAGGAACCAAACACAUUUUAAGUUUACAGGAUUACAGUGGAAGGGGGGGAGCUAUUAGUGUUUGUGUGCGUGUGUGUGUUUUUGCGGUGGAAUAACUGAAAAUUGAUCAAAGGAAGUCGUAAUCCCGUAAUCCACGGCUACCAUUUUCCGAGUCUAUGGUGGUUGGGAUGAACGCGAGACAUCAUCUUACACCUUCGCUAUCCCAGAAUUUGGAUACCAAUUGUACCGAGUUUCCGGACGGAUUCGAGGAGACGCUGCAGCUGCAGGAAUCGUCACCAACUCUAACAUUAAUCUCAUCAAAAGGUUCAGCGGAUUCCAAUUAUUCUCAACCGUCAUCCGAUCUGUCGCUAGACGAGGAAAAAGAAUCGCUUCGGCGAGAAAAGGAACGUCAGGCUUUAGGCCAGUUGGAAAAAGCAAGGGCCAAUGAAACGGAGCCAUUCAAGUUCGAUUCGGAAAGUAAACCCGUCGCAUUUGCUGUGAGGACGAAUGUUUCAUACGAUGGCAGUUUGGAUGACGACUCGCCAGUGCACGGUAGUGCGGUCUCGUUCGAGGUCGGCGAUUUUCUUCAUAUCAAGGAGAAAUAUGACAAUAAUUGGUGGAUUGGUCGACUGGUCAAGGAAGGCUGUGAAGUGGGGUUCAUUCCCAGUCCCGUUAAGCUAGAACACAUACGAAUGCAGGCAUCCGCGGCGCGUACAUCCAAGCUAUAUACAAGUAAGGGAUCAUCAUCUAGCGGUAAUUUAGGAGCAUCUGGAGUACCAGGUGCGGAACCAUCACGAGGUAGCACACCCCCAACACCUGGAGACGAUAGCGAUUCGAUGGGCGCGUCGCGGCACGGCAAAACCCCCCUCGCCACGCCACCUACCAAGGAGAAGCGGAAACCGUUCUUCAAGAAGCAGGAAACAUCAUCACCAUAUGACGUAGUGCCAUCAAUGAGACCAGUCGUAUUAGUGGGUCCAAGUUUAAAGGGUUACGAGGUGACCGACAUGAUGCAGAAGGCUUUGUUUGAUUUUUUAAAACAUCGAUUUGAGUCAAGAAUAAUUAUUACCCGUGUUCAGGCCGAUAUAUCGUUAGCGAAGCGUUCCCUGAUGAACAAUCCAUCGAAGCGAGCGAUAAUGGAGCGUUCCAACAGUAGGUCAUCUUGUUUGGCGGAAGUGCAGGCUGAAAUCGAGCGAAUAUUCGAGUUAGCGAGGACACUUCAAUUAGUUGUACUUGAUUGUGAUACAAUAAAUCAUCCGUCACAAUUAGCGAAAACAUCAUUAGCGCCAAUAAUAGUUUACUUAAAAAUAGCUAGUAGUAAGGUAUUACAAAGAUUAAUCAAAUCACGUGGCAAAGCUCAGGCAAAAAAUUUAUCAGUACAAAUGGUAGCUGCUGAAAAAUUGGGUCAAUGUCCACCGGAGAUGUUUGAUGUUAUCCUAGACGAGAAUCAGCUCGAAGAAGCGUGCAACCAUCUGGCCGAAUACCUAGAAGCAUAUUGGAGAGCCACUCACCCUCCCGUACGACCAACUCCAUCUGUUCCUAGACCUUUGCCGUCCCAAGAAGCAUCACCAUCGGGCGAACAGUCCGGCCGAAUGGGUCCUCCACCUCCCCCCGAUUCUAGGGAUAGUUACGGAUAUAGAAAUGAGCGAGGGGCAUCAUAUCACCACAACAGUAAUAGCAGUAGUAGGCGGCCAGCCUCCAAUCGCCACGACAACCGAGAUCGUGACCGUCUGGAUCGUAUCGAGCGGGAUCGGGAGCGAGAUCGGGAACGGUUGCAUGCCCGCGAACGGGACAUGCUGCAUUACGAUAUCAACGACGACGAUCUGUUGAACGAGCGGAACUACGGACCGGCGGACUACGGUGGUGGUGGUGGCGGUGGAAUGAUACGAGGUGACAGUCGGGACAUCCGGGACUUGCGGGAACGGGACGGCAGGGUGCAUUUAUCUGGUGGGGUGAAUAUGGGUGUUGCCAGCAGUAGUAGUAGUAGUAACCGACACAAUCUCAACAGCGACAUGCUCGAUCACGAUCGCGAGCUGAUACGAGACACUAGGGGGGAAAUGUUACGGGGGGAUCCCCGAGGGGACUCGCGUUAUCCAAUCGGGCAGCCACAGCAGCUCGUGGCGCCACCGUCGUCGCAGUCAGUUCGACGGGGGGUCAGCGAACGGACGGACGGACGGGACCGCGAUGACUACAGCCCCCACCGGGGAGGCGGUAAUAAUAGAAGAGUAUUGAAUGCCAUGUAGGAAUCGUGGAUAUAGGGAUGGGAUCAGGAUGAUGUAUCUGUUGACGAGGAAAAGCUCGUCCCGGACAGCGAAGAGGACGACGGCUUCGAGUAUGACGAGUUCUUUUGAAGCACUAUAGGGAGUUUCCGCGUGAUUGCGUGCUGGCAACUUUUUCGAACUGAACUGAAGUUAAGGGGAUGCGAUCUGUCUAACCGGGAAUGGAGGUUCACUUGAAAAAUACGUCAUAUCAAAUAUUGCUUCACUGUAAUGUAAUUCCAGAAUCAAGUUGUAAAGCAUUUUUCUUCAAAAUUAAUGUCGAUGUCGAAACACCGUUCAAGAGAACAAGACAGAUUUCUUUCUAGGAUUGUCCUAAAAAAUCUAAUGAUUUUUAUUCCCGAAACUUUUGAGUCUAGUCUCGGAACAGUAAUGCCAAUGUGGUAGAUACGAAGCACCCACUUUGCCAAAAAAGAACCAUUGGAAACUCAUACAAAGAACAAAUGCUGUUAAAGCAAGAUAGAAUGGUAACAAACAAUCACAAACAUACACACAUAUAACUACCGUAUUGAGAUACACACGACCGCACAUUACAACAACAAAAGACAUACUCACACUAGCGAAGAAAAAAGCCACGCAACAACAACAACCAGCAUUACUUUGGAAUGAAAGCACGUAAAAGCAAUCGCCGUCGUUCGAAGAAUCAUCCUGAUCCAUUCCUAUUGUAUUAAUGAUAAUACUCAUUUCUAUAUGAUACCGCCUUCACCAUUUUUGACCAAAAUGUCCACAAACUCUUCCUUUCGCACGCUAUAUGGUUUGCCAAUUUCUACGGGCUGAGUAAACUUUUAUGUUUUGCACGACAAACAAACUACACGCCAUUGUUUUUCUUCCAUGCUCUAUAAAAAUUACUCUUUUCAGUGAAUUUGAAUGUAUGAACCGAAUCAUUCCAUCAUCGUAGCAAACUUUGAUUUUCUCUAGUGGUUCAUCGCACGUGGUUUUACUUUUCGACCACGCGGCACCAGCUUUGACAGUGGUUUUUUUUCCAAUCUAGUAGCCGGUUUUCACUUCCUCGUCAAUGCUAAAGUGUGAUUCAGACGAUAGACGUUUGCUUCCAUCAUACGCGCACAGAUUGUUUCCAUUCGUCGUCAAGAUUAGUUUAAAUAAAUUUCUUGUGGACACAUGCAUCCUUGACUCACAGUGCAACGCUCAAAAGUCUUCUGUAGGUGGCAACAGCGUUGUUUGCAAUCCAGAUCAUGUUUUUUGUACAGAGAUCGUUUCACUCAUAAUUAUGUUUACUAGCUGAUAUUUGACCAUAACUACACGCGAAGCAUACUCACUAAACUUAAAAACAGCCGGUUUGUACGCAUUGGGUUAAGGAAAAUCUCAAUCGUGUGUUGCACGAGAGUUCAACCUUUCUCACAACUUGAGAACACGUGUGAGUGACAAAAAAAACGAUCUCUAUGCUUUUCAAACAAUUUUUCAAGUCACAAAAACAAACAGAUCUAAACUUACCUAAAUCUCAAAGAACACCUGUGGGAAGAGCACUGCUAUAUACUUCUUUGCAAAAUGAAUGGUUCGCCAUUCCCAAAAGAUGCCUUGAAAACAUACUAAAAUGGUGUGCCGCAGUUAUUAAACCGAAAGGCUUGCAAUUUGGCCAAUGAACUUUAAUUUAGAAAUACAAUAAGAUUACAUGAAAAUGCAAAUAAGGACAUUUGUACUAUUAUCGGCUUCCUAAUCUAGUAGAUGAGUUAUAAUGAGUCAUGAGGUAUAAAACUUGGUAAUUGAAGGUUACAACAUUUCCCAGAAAAUUCACAAAAUGAGGUACCUACAAAAAACUUUUGAGCACGCCGAAACGUUCCAAACCUUUGAAUAUUUUUACUGAAGCAGAUCUACGUACAUCUUUCUAGAUCAAUGUUUUUGUUUUGAGAAAUUUUAAGGUUUCGUAGAUAAAACCUACGGGAAUUCGAUGGCAACUUUGUAACUUUUAGCAAUGAAGGGGAAAAAGUAAGGUGGCAUACAUUGAUAAAAAUCGUUGGAGUUUACAGCGUGUUUGGUUGUUUUUGACAGAUCGACGAAAAUUUGAUUACCGAACGCCCUUUAAUAAAUUCAAUUAUCUAGCUCAUGGCCAAACAGGAAGUUGUUGGAUAUUCGGCGAAAAACGAAAACCGAAUUCUGUUAAAUUUCCCCGCCUAAAUGAAAUGUUUUCAUCAAAUGGAUUCAAACAUAACAAAAAGACUGUUGAUCCCUUCGAAUCGAAGGAAUGUCAAUAGUUUUCGCGUUUCAAUCGAAUUAUUACAUGCAUCCUCUCAUUCUGCUACUAACGCAGAAAGCGAUAUCAUCCAGUUGACGCAGUUCCAUUGACCAAAUGUCAUCACAGGCGCACGGGGAGGCAUGAGAUAGAAACUUGUAAGCACUUACAGUUAUCUCACCGUCUGACGACCAUUUACCGAUUCUUGACAAACAUUUCUAAGCAAAGUAGUCUAUUGUUGCGUUCGCUGUAUGGCAUGUAGUCUUAUCUAGUCGGAACAUAAAGUUUUUCAGAUCUUUUCCAAGUAUUUCCGGAACCAAAAAGUGCGUCAACAUUAAACUUUAAAAAAAAAGUCUUCAAAAGUGGAUCGACGUGUGUUUAAAAAAGUACCUUCGUGGUUUACGAACGGGUCAAUAUUACUUUCAGUACCAGCAUUAUUGACAACAGUUUUGGUCAUCAAUUUAUUUGAUAUGUUCAAUUCUUCUUAAAUAAUUAUAACGAUUGACGAUAAUGUUGUCAUCGUGUGAGGACCGCUUUUGAAAUGAUCUCAAACGGUAUCAUCCAUCGUUUAGAGGGAGCUUCUCCUAUGAACGGAGGUUUUCCUUACUUUAAUUUCGAGCGUGGAUUAAAACAAACUGUGGGUUGCCUAAUGUUCUACUUUGAUGCAGUUACUAUUCUUUAUUGGAUACUGCUUCAGUGUAAAUUUGUUUGUAAAACUAUCGAGUCAGUCAAACAGUUCAGACUUAACAAGUACAGAAUUCUACUAGGUUUGAGUACGAAAAAUUGUAAUAAAAUUUUUGCCGCUUGUGUUUCAUCUCCCAAAGAAGGAAUACAAAUGUAGCUGAUAAACCGCUGUUUGUUAGAUUGGCAAAUAGUAUAUAUGGCAAUCAUGUUUUCAGAUUUCAGCAUUGCCAGUUGUAUAAAAAACGUACAAAAGUACACUGCCACUCUGACAGUGUACCGCAUAGCGAAAAAUUUUUCCUUGGAAAUUCUACCGAGCAUUCCGUAUUAUAGUUUGUAUUUGACUAUGCCACAGAAAACUUUGUACUCAAGGCCAAAGGUCAAAGGCUAUUUCGUUUUCAAGAAAAAGCUGUAACUAUAUCUCCUUCAAUCAAAAUAAAUUAUGAUCGAAAUGAAAAUACAUAAAAAAUACACAUAUUUUUUGCAAAAACAAAUGCUUCCACUUUAAAUGACCCACCGUGUAAAAAUUGAAGUUUUUUUAAGCCACGCUCAAAAUGAAGGAACGAAAAAAACCCCCGUUGACUGGAGAAGCUUCCCUCAAAUACAAGCCUGUGAAAAACUGAGUAACCCGGAAAUUAUUUGGUCGACUCGGUCGAUCCUACACUGACGAAAAACGCAACCAAGAGCUAGAAAUUUGUUUAAACGUAAACUUUCCUAAUUGUUAUCUUUGCGAGGUAUGAUUAUUCUAUAAUUUCAUCAUUGACAAAAAUGCGAACGAGAUUCUUCUGAUUUCGUUUGGUAAAAAUUUGGUACAACUAAUCGAUUGUUUUUUUUUUCGAAACCGACUUUUUUGUUUUCAAUGGUCAAAACAGCCAACAAUUGAGUUGAAUUUUCCAUGCUAGCGAAGACACACACACGUCAAACAAUUCAAUAAUCAACUGGGUUGAGACAACGAAUUUAGAUGAAUGUCCAGAAGUUGAAUAUUAUAUGCGUUUUAGUUGUUUCAACUAUUUAUUCUAUUGACUUAACUGAAACGCUAACCUUGACUCCAGUGCCGGAUUGAAUUAGGUAUCAUUUACUGAACGGGUCGAAUAAUCUGAAAACAAUUUUGAACUACACAUAAAAACAAAUUUCGUAUACAUUGUUCCUAAAGUUCCAUUGCUCUGAAACAUAGUAGAUGCCUUCAAACGUCACGUUAACAAUGAAGUCAGUAUAGUGGAACCAUAAUUAAUUAUCCUACCAAGAAGUCCUAGAGGUGAUGUGAUGUUUUCAAAAUGUUUUGACAUUUUGAUUUUCAAAUCAGCGUUAUGGAAGAAUGAUAAGUUUUUGAUCGCAACUGUCUAUCGUUGUAUUUAAUGUAACCGAAUAAAUGUUGCUACAUGCCAUCGGAAAUACGAACAGCAAUUUAUGAUUGAAUUAUCAGUAGUAUGAGAUAACUAUGAAUAACUCAAAUUUACAGUUGUUAAAAACUUAAGAAAUCGAUAAACAUGAAAUAGAGAAACUCAUACUCAGGCGACAAUUUUGAACAUUCCCGCGUUUCAAAAUCCAGGAUUCGGUGCUAGAAUCCAGUUCCAGCACUCAGUUACAGAAUUACAGUUACCAAAUACAGUCCCAAAAUCCCAAAAUCAGGAAAUCACCCAAGCAACCAGAAGUUCCACAAUUACUUAAAACAUCCACUUUUUUGCUGCUUAAAAGUACACGCGGAACUUUCGAGAACUUGAAAGUAGAGAACAACAGUCCGCGUGAACUUUCUAGCUGCUUAAGAGUACGCGUGGUACGUUUGAAAGUACAGAACAAGUUCCGUGUGAAGCUGAACAAUGUAUGCUAGAGGCAGCUUAGAAGCUUCGGUUCGGUUGCGAACUUUCAAAUGUUUAUAAUUACUUAAAAUAAUGGGCUUAGAAUGCUCAGUCCAUUUUAUCCGAACUUUUGGUUAGUUAGGCAAUAUAGUUGAAAAUACAGUACUUAAAAUCAGUUUCAAAUUUCAGCUCCCUACUUCAGUCCCAGAAAGCACAUCUAGAAUUCAGCUUCAGAACCAAGGUACUGAAUUCAUAUCCAGGAGCCGGCUCCAGAAUUGAGGCUCGGAAUUCAGUUCAAAAAUUCAAUACCAGAAGUCAGUUGAAAAUUCAGUGUCAGAAUUCAUUGCCAAUUCUGAAUUAAAGGUAAUUUGAAUUUGAACUUGUACUGGGAUCUGGAACUGAACUUUACCAUAUUACUGAUCCAGAUCCUCGGCCAACGAGUUCGAAAUCCAAACCCUGAACCAGGAACUAGAACCGCAGGAUUUGCACUUUCCAUAUUACGGAUCCGGGUUCAGAUCCAGGUAGAAUCAGAUUUAGUUCCCGCAUCUGGAUCUCUACUUGGGCUUGGCACAGUAAUAAAUCCCGCUCCAACUGCUUAUUCGCAUCGCACUCGACAGUGUUUAGCACCGAACGAUUCUUUUAACACAUGGAUCAUUAAGUCCCGAAACUAACAAUGGAAACAACAUUUUUUUUGCAAAAUUUUUUUUAUUCAUCAACAUAAUCACCUUUUAGGGUGAUACAAUGGUUCCAACGUUUUUCCAAUUUUUCAAUACCAUGUUUAUAAAAAAAUUAUCUUUCGCUUCAAAAUAACAGUUCGGCUGAAAAGUUCGUAUCGUUUAAUAGAAACACACAUUUUUUUGCCAAAAUUCGUUUUUAUUAUUCAACAUAAUUGCCAUCAGAGGCGAUACAGCGAUUAUAGCGAUCUUCCAACUUUUCGAUACCAUUUUUGUAGUACGAUUUGUCCUUUGCCUCCAAAUAGGCCUCAGUUUCAGCGAUUACCUCUUCAUUGCUUCUAAAUUUUUUUACCAGCGAGCAUUCUCUUGAGGUCUGAGAACAGGAAAAAGUCACUGGGGGUCCAAUCUGGAGAAUACGGUGGAUGAGGGAGCAAUUCGAAGCCCAUUUCGUUCAAUUUCAGUAUGGUUUUCAUCGACUUGUGACACGGUGCAUUGUCUUGAUGAAACAAAACUUUUUUCUUCUUCGAAUGAGGCCGUUUUUUUUUAAAUUUCGUCCUUCAAACGCUCUAAUAACGCUAUAUAAUAGUCACUGUUGAUGGUUUUUCCUUUUCAAGGUAGUCGAUGAAAAUUAUACCAUGCGAAUCCCAAAAUACAGACGCCAUAACCUGACCGGCCGAUUGUUGAGUCUUUCCACGCUUUGGGUUCGGUUCAUCGCGUGCAGUCCACUCAGCUGACUGUCGAUUGGACUCCGGAGUAAAGUGAUGGAGCCAUAUUUCGUCCAUUGUUAUAUAUCGACGAAAAAAUUCGGUUUUAUUUCGAUAUAACAGCUCCAAACACUGCUCAGAAUCAUCAAUUCGUUAUUGUUUUUGAUCGAUUGUGAGCUCACGCGGCAAUUAUUUUGCACAAAGCUUUCUCAUAUCCAAAUAUUCGUGAAUAAUAUGUCCAACACGUUCCUUUGAUAUCUUUAGGGUGUCAGCUAUCUCGAUCAACUUCACUUUACGGUCAUUGAAAAUCAUUUUGUGGAUUUUUUUCACGUUUUCAUCGGUAACAGCCUCUUUUGGACGUCCACUGCGUUCAUCGUCUUCGGUGCUCAUAUGACCAGUACGAAAUUUUGCAAACCACUUACGAAUUGUUGCUUCGCUCGGUGCAGAGUCUAGAUAACACUCAUCAAGCCAUUUUUUGGUAUCGGCGGCUCAUUUUUUCAUCAAAAAGUAGUGUUUCAUCAACACACGAAAUUCCUUUUUUUCCAUUUUUUCACAAUAACAAAAGUAGCUUCACUCAAAAUGCAAUAUCUCACAAACUAAUAAUCAGACAGCUGUCAAAUUUAUACACGUAUCUUUUGAAGAUUGGUACUAACUGAAAAUGGUAUGGAUUUAAUUAUAGUGGCGCCCUCUCAUAGAAACGAUACGAACUUUUCAGCCGAUCUGUUAAGCUUCAGUUUCAGCGAUGACCUCCUCAUUUGAGCCAAAUCUUUUUCCCUGGAGCAUUUUUUUAAGAUCAGCAAAGAGCCAGUAGUCACUGGGGGCUAAAUCUGGCGAGUAUGGGGGGUGGGGAAGCAGAUCAAAGCCCAAUUCGUUCAAUUUUGCCAUUGUUUUCAUCGACUUGUUUUUGUUCCAUCGAAAGCAAUCGCGGCACUCACUUGGAAAAAACCUUUUUCAUGCUCAAUUUUUGAUGAAAAAGAUAGUAAAUACACUUCUCUAUGAUAUCUGUGUCAUCUCAGCAAUCUCACGGAGCUUCACUUUACUAUCUUUCAUUAUAAUUUUUGUCACUUCACUCACAUUUUCCGGUGUAACGGCUUCCACUGAUCCAACCGAGCGUUCCGCGUCAUUUGUGUCGGUACGACCACGUUUAAACUCGGCGAACCACCGACAAAUCGUUGCUUUUGAUGGACAAGAGUCCGGAUAACAUUUUCAAUCCAUUGUUUCGCUUGCACGGUGUUUUUACCCAUUAAAAAACAAUGUUUUAUCAAAACACGAAACUCGUUUUUUUUUCCAUUUUUUAAACAAACUACAAAACGACUUUACUCCAACCUCGAUAACUCAGCUGUUUCUGGUCGGAUCGACUUAAAAUUAUGUCCCGUUUCAAGCAAAGGUUAGUACUCUAGAAAGACGUGAUUACUGGUUUACUACGAGCGCCAUCUCUGCUUUAGUCUCGGGACUUAUUGAUCCAUGUGUUAUUCGUAUUCACAUCAUUCGGUCAUGUCUUUGAAAUCACUCACUCACCUUUUUCUAACAGUUGGUUGAUGAUGUACACAUCAACUCAUUUUUACGGAUGUCGUUGAAAUUUCACUGACUUUCAAACAGCAGACUAUUCAGUAAUCAGUUCAUUAAAAGUUUCAUUUGCUGAACUAUCGGUAACGUUUCUCUUAACAUCCUUCUGUCAAAUUUAUACCGACUUGUUCGUCGUUCAUUACCGACGUUCGAUGAAAUCUAUAAAUAGUUCAUAAAUAAACGAACUUUGUGGACUGUUACUGUUUUUCGGUACAUUUCACUGAGAUUCGUGAAGUUUUUACUUUUUCAUUUCCGAAAAUAAUUCAAUUUGACCGAUAUGGUUCUCUCCGAAGUAGUGAGUAAUGUUCACUGAAGUUCAUUAUUAUUAAUUGAUUCACUGACAUUUGGCAAUUUUUUUACUGAAUUAGGAAAAUGGAAUGCCAUUUCAUUUUUUGUGAAACUCAUAAGUACAAGUCUCGUUUCCCUUCAUCAUAAGACUAGGUAAUUGGAACACUUUAAUAAUCCUUAUGUCUAAAAGUCACAAUUCGUUUGUAUCAAUUUCGCAUUUUGCUUGAGUGCAGAAAUUGAAACCGGGAAAGCUGAGCCUACUUGGUCAAAUAUUUAUUUUUUCACCCCAACACUUUGCAGUCUGUCACAAUCGUUUCAACUUCAUUGCUACUCGUUUUUUUUUCGAAUACACGCACUACUUUUUUUUAUUUCUCGCUUUUCUUUUCAUUUCGGGAUCAGUUUUUGUGUCAAACGAAAUACUGAAGGUAAACUGUGUCGUUUUUGUUUUUAAUUUAAUCAAUACAAUAAUACCAACACUGUAAGCUGAUAUAGUUCUGUUUUGUUCGUUAAUUAUUUAUAGCAAUAAAAAGGUUUAUAGUUCAGUUGUUUCGUUAGCUAGCUUAUUAAGAGUUUAUUCAAUCGCCAGUAUGUCCUGCUUAGUAGCUCUGUUCAGUUGAGAUGGACGAAAAAUGGUGAAGAAUGUUUCUAUAGAAAUAGAUGUAAAUUAAACACUAGAUUAUACACAUUUAUUAUAAAACACAAUCGUAUAUUAAAAGAAGUAAUUGUAGAUAAGAAAGCAUGAACUUACAGUUUCUUACAUCCAUUUCCGUAGUGAUUUCCAAACAAACAAAAAAAAAACAACCAACAAAUCUUUUUAGGAUUGUGCAAUUAGUUUUACAGAUUUAUAAUCUGCUUCGGGAGCGAGAAGAGUCGAGUAGGAAAUUGAUUUCAGUUCGUUUAUGAAAAGAGAUGCUGGACCGGAGAGAACGAGUAGCAGAAAGAAAGAAAGAAAGAACAACUCAACUUUUAAUUGUGCCAAAUCAAUUGUAAUAUUGUAAAAAAAAACAAGUAAUUGAGAAAAAAAAUCGAAAAAGAUGACCGGUUAGGAAGCUUUUUUUUUAUUUGUUGGUAAGUCCAUCAGAAUGACAGUUCAGGACAAGACUAGGUUAGUAAUAUUCUUUUUUUUUUUAGAAAAAAAAAACUCAAAAUUAAUCCAUUUCUCUUUCUCAAACAAAAAAAAAACUCCAGCUGGAAAUGAAAAUGCAUAUAAUUAUAGAUAAUGAAAGCUUUAAAAUUAAAUUUAAGUGACAAAUAUGCAGAUGAAUUACUACACAAACACACACACCCACACCCACACAGGAUACAGAAACGCAUUGAGUGAAUUACGUACGAAUGAUAUUUUCCUUUUGUAUUCCAAGAUAAAAGGAUAGAAAAAAAAAUUAAGAACAAAAAAAAAACAUCUAACUAGUAGUUUCAAUUUAAUGAAUUGUUUCCCGCAGUGAUUCCACAUAUUCUCCUGAUAAUAAACAAAUAUUGAGAAAAUUGAGAAAAUAAAGAGCUUGUAAGGUAAUCUUUUUGUUUACGAUUUGAACACACAAAAAAAAACAAACAAAGAGGGAAGACAAGCGAAAAACGAAACGAGCAUUUAAUAAAAAACUUUUACGACAUUGUUCCGCUACAGCAAAAAAAAACCGCGCUAAAGCUAAUAAAAAGGUUAAAAUACGAUACUUUUUUUUUACCUGCGGUCAAGGUUUCGCUACCGGAGAAAUCACGCUUAGUAUAUUCUUAGGCAUUGGUCACACCUCUCACAACUGUUUUUUGCUUGUAAUUUGCUACAACCAACAAAAGAAAAACACACUUUUUGAAAGAUCCAAUUCACUUGCCAGUUGUUAAUUGAACCUAUACUAUUCUCCAAACUUCCAAAGUUCACCCAUACUCUAAAAACGUAAACAUACGGAGCUGACUCUUCCCUCGUUUUUUUCCAAACGGGAUUUAACCAACAAUCAGACAGACACACACAAGCCGCAAAUAGUUAGGGGCGUUGCAUUGCACGCAAUUCACACUCAUAGCAAAAACUGCUAGCAUCCCAAAAAAGCAGCACCACGCAGGCACGCCGAAGCUGAGCACUGCUCGAUAGUCUAAAUUUAACACUGAAUGAAUGAGACAAAAUAUUGAAACACAGUAAAAAACAAAAACUAAGGGAAAACUGAAAUUGUGAUUACAACUACUAUUAACUAAAACAAUGGAAGCAGAAGCAUAAACAAAAACCAAACUAACGGUAAACAAAGUCUGUAAAAAGUAAAACAAGAACAUGACGAGUAUAAAUAACAUAAACAAGAAGAAAAAAAAACAUUGCUAUAUACCAAUUGCCUUGCACUGAUAAAAAAAAUUUAUUGAGAUUAUAAAACUAAAAUUACAAAAAAAAAAGAGAAAGGAACGAACGACCGGAGCGAAUCAGUGGCAGUGACACUCUGUUAGAAGAAUCACAUUCGUGCUACGCUAGGACAGCUAGACUCGAACCGAAGGGAGAGAAUGAGCAUACGAACAGGAACAGGACGCGUUUAGAGCAACAACCGAAAGAAAAAAAAAAUAUAAAAGAAACACUAUACAAAUCAACAAAUUUACCCUUUUCUUCGUACUUCUUGACGGAAUGAUUUUCUUGACUCUUGUAUCGACACUAACGCUACUAGCCGAGAGAGAGUGAGAGAGCGAAAGAGAGAACUGUGGGGCGAAAAACCGAACAGUUGUCACGUUAGAUAGUAGUGUAAAGUUAACCCCACAAAUCUAGUUAAAUUCUUACGAAAGAGUUUCCGAGUCGGUUGAGGAGCUGUAAAUAUCACAUUAGAAAAGAAAAUAAGAAAACAGAAAAUAAAAGGAUAAACAUUCGAAGCCGAACAAUGCACCCUUUUUUUUGCUGCCUUUGAAUCUACCAGGAAAGGAGGGGAAACUAAAAAUAAAUAAAUAAAAACAAUAAACCAUCGAUUGUUGCUUCAAAAUGUUCAAAUAGACUUUCCUUUAUAUAAUUUCCUUCAAACAACUCCAAACGACAUCGAAAGCAAGCAACUGUUUGUUCGGUUUGAAGAGUGACAGCACAUUUGGCAGCAUUCCGUUUUUUUCUAUUUUCUGUCAGACGUCAGCUUGCGGUGGCCGACCCAUUCUGGAAUCUAUCACCGGGGUGGGAAUAUUUAAUGGUGAAGGCAGUUCAGUUCCAUUACGUGUUAAUUAUGUUGACAAACCAAACCAAACAAAAAAAUACUCCAAAUUUAAAUGGCAUCCUAUGAAAAUCCGUACUUCCCAAUCGCUACAUGCAGACAUGCGCUGAACAAAAAGAGAGAGAGUCUGUGUAAAAUUGCUGAAUAAUUGCCCAAAAUCUUUCCAAAACCAACAACAAAACAAACAAACAAAAAAAUACGACACAUACAAAUCGAAGCCAACAGGUAACUAAAAACGAAAUCGCACUAACGUACGCCAAAUGUCGCAUACACCUACACAAACACAUUUACAUACACACUUCGUUAAUAUAGAUUAAAGUAAUAACAAAAAAAAACAAAAACCAAAGGUCUAAUUGCUGUUGAUGGCAGGACAAUGGAAUGAGCGAACAUUUCUAAAGAACAAAAAAAAAAAAACUACACAAAUCUACCGAAGACAUUUACGAACAAAACACACACACACAGUAAACAGCAAAACUCACUUUGUACUUUAAAACAAACAAAAAAAAACCAGCAAACCAACGUGCACACAUCAGAAGGCAUGAUUGCAGUUUAUCUAGCGUUUUUUAAUUAACUACACGAAAACGAGAGAAGAAGAAGAAGAAGAAGAAACAGAUAACCAAAUCUUAGUCUUCGUUAAUUUCGAUUUACAGAAUUAAUACAAGUUAUCUAGAUAAAGGAAAAUGAAAACCAACAAAAAAAAAAACCAUAAGAAGUAAAUUUUUCAAACCAACAGACAUAGCUAUUUUUAAACUUUGCACUUUGAACAGGAGAAGAGAUGUUAACCAAACCAACCAAACAACAACAGUAAAAAAAAAUGACGUUUGUUCUUUCAAUGGUGGAAAUUCUUCCAACAACGGGGAUGUCAAACAAAAAAAAAACAAACAACCCCUCAGACCAAAACCAAUUUCAUUUUAAAAGCUUUUGAAUUUCCUCGACAUUUUCCGUAGUUUUGAUAUUGGUCACAUUGAUUACUGACAACUAAACAAACGGUUCUGUAUCAGGCAGAAUUGUAUCUUGUAAAUGAACUCGGUUUUUUCGUUAAUUCAUCUCGAAAAGAAAAAAAAACCUAGACAUAGUGAGACAAAAAAAAAUGAAUUCUGCGCAAACAAACAUCACCUCGUGGGUCACGCGUGUGAGAGUGUGUUUUUUUGGCAGGUUAUUCCGAGAGUUGCUUGACGAAAAACAGAAAACAUAGGAAGAAGAAAAAAGAACACAUACAAACACACACACAGAAAGUUAUUAUUGACAAAAGAAAAUUAAAAACUCUUUAUUGUUGCCACAUUUGAAUUACAUUUAAAUCAAUAUUACAAAUAAAUGCAAACGCGAACAGAGAAACAAAAAAAAACAUUUGUAAAUAUAUAAAAGAAUAAAAUAAUUUUUACCUAAGCUCUA